CCAGGAGCUGUACAGUCUCCUUGAGAGAAUCAAUCCGGACCUCAACUUCCCUGUCAGCUCCCACUGCCUCCGAGCCGCGGCCUUCUACAUCAGGGGACUCCUGUCCUUCUUCCAGGGACGCUACAACGAAGCCAAACGUUUCCUGAGAGAGACCCUGAAGAUGUCUAACGCAGAGGACCUGAACAGGCUGACGGCGUGCUCUCUCGUUCUGCUCGGUCAUAUCUUCUACGUCCUGCAAAACCACAGAGAGAGCAACAACAUGGUGGUACCAGCCAUGCAGUUGGCCAGUAAGAUCCCAGACAUGUCUGUCCAGUUGUGGUCUUCUGCGCUGCUCAAAGAUUUGAACAAGGCCUUGGGAAACCCCAUGGACGCCCAUGAGGCAGCUCAGAUGCACCAAACCUUCUCUCAGCAGCUGCUGCAAGACCACAUCGCUGCCUGUAGCCUCCCUGAGCAUAAUCUCAUCAGUUGGACAGAUGGACCUCCUCCCGUACAGAUCCAGGCCCAGAACGGCCCAACCACCAGCCUGGCAGGCCUGCUAUGAGGAACCGUGCUGCCUUCUUUCCUGUGACACUAGCCUCACAAAUCCCAUUGAAUGCUACCAACCGGCUGCCAGAACUCUCUUCUGCCGAGCACUGCAUGGAUUUAGUAGGUGUACGCAUACAGUGCGAGCCUUCACUGAAGUAGCUACAACUGAUAAUAGUCUUGCUAUUAUUUAAUUAAGUCCUCCAUCACUGUUCCAUCUGCCCUCUUUGGGGUGCUUCCUGGUUGAUGGUGAAUGGCCGACAUUUCAUCUUGGCGUCGAGCAAGGUGCUAACUUGACGAAACAAUGUGUUCUUUACCUCGGAUAGCGAGAAUCCUUUGCUUUAAGCCAGGUUUUGCCUUCUAUGAAAACGUAUAGGGUUCAUGUAGAGGCAGGUAAAGCUAAUUUAUUUAUUUGUUAUUUUUAUAACAUGCUAUUUUUGUGUUAUGCUUGGAAUUCACUGGUUUGUGUUGAUGCAAAGGAGAGAAACCCUUGGUACAAAGUAUCUUGCACAGUAUUAAUGUCGAAAUUGAUACUAUAUUUACUUAUGUAUGUAUGUAUAUAUAUAUAUACAUUUUUACAAAUAUUUUGAAUUUGAUGGAAAUAUGGUCUAUAUUUAGGAUGUGGAGGGAGUUCCUUGUGUGCCAUUCUUUAUAGGAUUUCAAAUAAUCUCAAGCAAAUGUAGGUAGUUGCUAGGAAAAUACACUCAUAACAUAAUAUGCUUCCAUAAUAUAUUAAUUCCAUUUCAUGUAAUCUUUUUCUUUUUCAAAUCAUAGUUAUCCUCAGAUAUUCAGAAGUAAACUUUAUUUUGUGGUGUAUAUUUAUAUACAUGUGUAUGUAUGCAUAUAUGUAUGUGUGUAAUGUGUAUGUAUAUGUGUAUAUGUAUAUAUAUAUAUAUGUAUAUAUAUGUAUAUGUAUAUAUAUAUAUAUAUAUAUGUAUAUACACACACACACACACACACACAUGUGUAUAUAUGUAGUUAGUUACUUGGUUUAUUUUACAGUUUGUAUAGACUUGACACAACUUUUAUUGUAAAGUGACGUUUUUUUUAAGUAAAUUGGAUAAACGUUUAUAAGUAUAAACUCGGUGCUUGUUAUGUACAGUUCUGUACGAACAUAUUUUAACCUUGUCUAUAGGCCAUAUUCUAUAUAAAGCCUAUCUUUUUAUUGUUUUAAAUAUU